AUGAGAGGCGGUUGUGAUCAGAUUGCGGAGACUGUGACAGGGCAGUCAGUUGCAUGUUAUCUAUUGCCUUGUGCGAGAUAGCAUCACCUCCUCUGGGAGCUUCCUUUAUAUAGCGAGAGACAAACAAAACAACCACAUUCAACGGCGAAUAGAAUUGUCUUUUUUUCUUCUCUCGCGCCGGGUUAGGCUUAAUCAUCCCUUGUCUUGUAAAGCCAAGUGCGGAUAAUCAUCGCGUGAGCCAAACAGGUUUACAGUACAACCACAUUGGCUGUUAAAACGUCAUGACAGCCGAAAAGACAAUUCCCAUUAUAAAUGGAAAACCGGAGGACGCCCUGGAUCCAGAGGCUUCCGCCGUGGUGAGCAACAAGUCGGAGGUGAACGAGAGAGGUCACUGGAAUAACAAGAUCGAGUUUUUCCUGUCUGUCGCUGGAGAGAUCAUUGGACUUGGAAAUGUGUGGAGGUUUCCCUACCUGUGUUAUAAAAAUGGAGGAGGUGCUUUCUUCGUGCCCUAUGUCAUCUUCUUCGUGUGCUGUGGCAUUCCCGUGUUCUUCUUGGAGACGGCGCUGGGUCAGUUCACCAGCGAAGGAGGCAUCACAUGCUGGAGGAAAGUGUGUCCACUUUUUGAGGGUAUUGGAUACGCAACUCAAGUCAUUGAAGCACAUCUAAAUGUGUAUUAUGUGGUCAUAUUGGCGUGGGCUAUCUUCUACCUUUUCAACUGCUUUACAACCGAGCUGCCUUGGGCAGCAUGUGGCCAUGAGUGGAACACAGAAAACUGUGUUGAUUUCCAUGGAGCAAAUAGCACCAACUUCACCAACCCCAAUGCUACAUCACCAGUGAUUGAGUUCUGGGAGCGCAGAGUUCUCAACAUAUCUAGUGGGAUUGAGCACAUUGGGAAGUUGCGCUGGGAACUUGCCCUAUGCCUGGCUCUGGCCUGGUUUAUAUGCUACUUCUGCAUAUGGAAAGGCCCAAAAUCAACAGGAAAGGUGGUGUACGUGACCGCUACCUUCCCCUACGCCAUGCUGCUCAUCCUGCUCAUCCGAGGGGUGACGCUGCCAGGCGCGUCCGAAGGGAUCAAGUUCUACCUCUACCCCGACAUCUCCCGCCUCUCCGACCCCCAGGUCUGGGUGGAUGCCGGGACCCAGAUCUUCUUCUCCUAUGCCAUCUGUCUGGGCUGUCUGACUGCCCUGGGGAGCUACAACGCCUACAACAACAACUGCUACCGGGACUGUUUGAUGCUGUGCUGUCUGAACAGCGGGACCAGCUUCGUGGCCGGCUUUGCCAUCUUCUCUGUCCUGGGCUUCAUGGCCUAUGAACAGGGGGUGCCCAUUGAGGCGGUGGCAGAAUCGGGCCCAGGCCUGGCCUUCAUAGCCUAUCCUAAGGCUGUGACCAUGAUGCCGUUGUCUCCUCUGUGGGCCUGUCUCUUCUUCAUGAUGCUUAUCUUCCUGGGCCUGGACAGCCAGUUUGUGUGCGUGGAGAGCCUGGUGACUGCGGUCGUGGACAUGUACCCCGAAACCUUCAGGAGGGGCUACCGCCGAGAGCUGCUCAUCCUGGGCAUGUCUAUCGCUUCCUUCUUCGUCGGACUCAUCAUGCUUACAGAGGGUGGUAUGUAUGUCUUCCAGCUGUUUGACUCCUACGCGGCCAGCGGGAUGUGCUUGCUGUUUGUGGCCAUCUUUGAGUGCAUAUGUAUUGGCUGGGUCUACGGAAGUGACAGGUUCUACAUGAACAUUGAGGAUAUGAUUGGCUACAAGCCUGUGUUCUUCAUUAAGUGGUGCUGGAUGAUUCUGACCCCAGGCAUCUGUGCUGCGACCUUCCUCUUCUUCCUGAUCAAGUACAAGCCCCUGAAGUACAACAACGUGUACACCUACCCAGACUGGGGCUACGGUAUCGGGUGGAUGAUGGCCAUGUCAUCCAUGGUCUGCAUCCCACUGGGCAUCAUCGUGCAGGUCUGGAAGACCGAAGGCACCUUCACUGAGAGGAUAAAGAAGCUGACCACCCCCAGCCCUGACCUGAAGAUGCGAGGCAAGCUAGCAGGAGUCACCAGCCCCUACGCCAUCAACGACGCAAAACUGAAGGCUGAUGGGAAGAUAUCAACCGUCACGGAAAAGGAGACACAUUUUUAAUCAGGCACUGAGCGAGCCGUCACGGUCUACAAACCACCACCACAAAAUGGAAGAUAAAUGACUCCAGUGUUUCUUGUAAAAAAAAGGAAAAGCUAUCACCUGAUUGUAGUGUUGCUUUGGUUUGCACAAA